UUCGGUAGUUCAGUUACUUGUACCUUUUACUUACGUACAGUUGCAACGCGAACAGCAAAAACUACCUAAUACAUACUCGUCGGCACGUCCGAUUCACUGUUGCGAUAUAAAAAGUACAAACAUCUCUCCGGAUGCUAUUGUCAUCGCGUGUGGAUACAUUUGUUGAUCUUGAAUCCUGAUAUUGACAACACCAGUGAUCUCAGGGCUGUGUGUCUAGGAGUAGAUCUUAUUAGUAUUCAAGAUCAGUUAUCCUCAUCGAUUCACGCAAUCAGGGACAGCUACAAUCAUGCUGACACUGUUCACCCAUUGCAUUGCACCAAAGUCGCUGAGAGUCAAGAGGACCAAACUGGCACUAUCCACGUGUGCUGCACGGAACCAACACGAGCACCAGCGCAGCACCUCGCACUCAGAUUUCACCGAGUCCUACAGCCGCAACCACAUCGAGCUGUCCCGACUACAGCGGGGCAUGUUAGCCCUGGGCUCGGCCGCCAUCUCCAUCACGAAUCCGUACCGGGGUGACAUGAUAGCUUGCCUGGGCGAGACGACGGGAGAGGGAGCGCUGGUCCACUGUCGCGAGCGCAUGAGCCAGAGCGCCGAGGGCCGCCGACUCCUCGAGAAUAAGCCGCGGAUCAACACCAGCACCCUCGACAUCGGUAGGUUGGAAGCCCUGCCCGGGGGCACGGUUGGCAGGACCUACGCGGACUUUUUGCGAGUCAAUAAAGUGUCGCCGGACGAUAGGCCGCCGGUGCAGUUCGUCGAUGAUAUCGAGCUCGCCUACGUGAUGCAGCGUUACCGCGAGGUGCACGACGUGUUCCACGCAGUGCUUUUGAUGCCGACGACAAUGCUGGGCGAGGUCGCGGUCAAGUGGGUCGAGGGCCUGCAGCUGAGGCUACCGAUGUGCGUGGCCGGUGCCAUUUUUGGCGCUGCCCGGCUUAAAUCAAAGCAGAGGCAGCUGUACUUGAAUUAUCAUCUACCUUGGGCCAUAAGGACGGGCAAGAGCGCCAAGUUUUUGCUGUCGGUGUAUUUCGAGGAGCGGUGGGAGCAGUCGCUCGAUGACUUUCACAAUGAAAUGAACAUCAAGAGGCUAGUUUGA